AUGACCCUUCACCACAGGAGAAUACACGAAAACGUUAAAAUACAUGAGUGUUCCACAUGUGGGAAAAGGUAUCCGCUACCGAGCGAGCUGAGAAAGCAUAUCAGAAGAGUGCACGAGACGCCUAAGAAGGCAGUGAACCAGAACGAGGGACUUCGCGAGGUCAAAUCUGAAAUAGAAGCUCUAGCAAGCAGAAGCGGUGAUGUUCCAGUCAAGAUACGUCGGUGA